CUCUCUCUCUCUCUGACUUUGACCCCUCUGCUCUGUUUCUCUUCUGUUCGGUUCUUUUCCUCUUUCGGUUCAUCCUUCCUUUCACCCAAUACAUGCAUACACAUACGAACGUACACACACACACACAUAUAUAUAUAUAUUAAUAGAUCUCCUCUCUCUUGCUUCGACACACAUUCAUAGAACCCACCGAACGACUUGCUCCUCUCCUCUCCUCUCCUCUCCUCUACCUUUUUGCCCUACUUAGCUUAGGGUUUUCAUAUCAGAAUAACAGCAGCACCUCAUCCUUUUGUAAAUGCAUUCAUGCAGCCCUGAAUCCCUACCAUCUCCCACCUUCGGUUUCUCGAUCUUAGUCUUCUUGUGUUUUUUCCUUCUUCUUGCUGCUUGCAGAGGACACUUGUUGUUUUUGGAGCAGCCAUGCCUACUCUUGUCAAUUAUGGUGGCGGUGGUGGUGAUGAAUUCUACUCUGGGGCUUCUUUUUGCCCAAAUCCAUUGGACUUGGCUCGCUUUUGUUCUGUCGACGUAUACUAUCCACCUCAGAAGCGGGCCCGUCUUCUCUCUUCUCCAUAUGAAUAUGAUGCCUGCAUCAAGCACGACCACGGCUCAAGCCAGAGGCCAUCCAUCGAGGCUCUUCCCGAUGAAUGCCUCUUCGAGAUCUUCAGACGCAUCCCAGCUGGCAGAGAUCGGAGCUCCACUGCCUCCGUCUCCAAGCACUGGCUUUUUCUCCUCGCUAGCCUGCGUAAAGCCGAGACCUUCAAUGGAAAAAAAGCCCUAGCUGCAGACCACGUCGAGCAGCCAGAGGAUGAGAUGAAGAUCUCUUCAGUCUCUACCGAUGAUGAAGAAGACGGCUACCUUACGAGGUGCCUCCAAGAUAAGAAGGCCACUGAUGUGAGGCUCGCUGCUGUGGCUGUUGGAACUAGCACUCGUGGAGGCUUGGCAAAGCUCUCUAUCAGAGGAAACAACUCGUACCGCGGAGUCACCGAUCGAGGAUUAUCCUGCAUAGCCCGAGCUUGCCCUUCUCUUAAGGCUCUUUCUUUGUGGAGCAUCUCAUCUAUCAGUGAUGAGGGCCUGUUUGAAGUAGCUAGAGAGUGCCGAUCCCUGGAGAAGCUCGAUCUCUGCCGCUGCCCUUGCCUUUCCAGCAAGGGUUUGAUUGCCAUCGCGAAGCACUGCCCUAACUUGACAGCUUUAAGCAUCGAGUCUUGUUCAAUGAUCGGGAACGAGGGCUUGGAAGCCAUAGGGAGGUUUUGUCCUCGGUUGCAGUCCGUCUCUAUCAAGGACUGCCCCCUUGUUGGGGAUCGUGGGGCCGUAAGUUUGGUGUCCUCCGCACCUUCAGUCCUCAGCAAGAUCAGGCUACAGGGGCUAAAUAUCACGGACUUCUCCCUCGCUGUAAUUGGGCACUAUGGUCAGGCUGUCACAAGUCUCGUCCUUAGUGGGCUCAAGAACGUGACUGAGAAGGGCUUCUGGGUCAUGGGGAACGCCCAGGGCCUGAAGAGACUCGCGAGCUUGACAAUCAUUUCCUGUGGUCUCACUGAUGUGGGCCUAGAGGUUCUGGGGAAUGGUUGCCCAAACUUAAAGCAGGUGUGCCUCCAGAGGUGCUACUUCAUCUCAGACAACGGUUUGUUAGAUUUUGUCAGAGCAGCUGGUUCCCUGGAGAGUCUGCAACUCAUGGAAUUGAACCGGGUUUCUCAAGUUGGGGUUAUUGGUGUGCUCUCCAACUGUGGAGCGAGGUUGAAGACUCUGGCUCUCUCGGAGUGUAUGGGAGUUAAGGACUUUCCUGUGGCAGUACCCGACCUUUCUUCUUGCCAAUCACUUCGAUGCCUGUCCAUUCAGAACUGCCCAGGAUUUGGGAAUGCUGGCGUGGCACUCGUGGGAAAAUUGUGCCCUAACUUGCAUCAUCUUGAGUUUACGGGCCUUUGGGGAAUAAAAGAUGCUGCGCUUCUCCCCCUUCUGGAAAGCUGUGAGGACGGGCUCGUAAAAGUCAAUCUCAGCGACUGCCCGAAUGUUACUGAUGAAGCAAUCUCAGCCUUGGUUAUGAUCCAUGGUGGGACACUCCAAAUGCUAAAUAUUGACGGCUGCAGGAAAGUGACUGAUGCGAGCUUGGAGGCCAUUGCAGACAACUGCCUGUUAAUCAAUGAUCUUGAUCUCUCGAAAUGCGCCGUCACCGAUGCAGGAAUCUCGGUGCUGUCUUCAGCUGAGCAGAUCAACCUUCGAGUGCUUUCUUUGUCGGGUUGUUCCCAGGUGACGAACAAGAGCGUGCCCUUCCUGAAACGGCUGGGAGGAAGCUUGGUGGGCUUGAACCUCCAACACUGCUGUUCCAUCAGUAGCGCCUCUGUGGAGCUUCUGGCAGAGAGCUUGUGGAGGUGUGACAUUCUCUACUGAUCGUUUAUACGAACAUGAUGAACUGGAUCGUGGAAUCGGAUCGCUCUUGAUUCGAGUUGAUGAAUAUAGAUGGGAGUAAGAAGUAGAUUAUACAGUCUGGUUUUUUUUUUUUUUUUUCCCUCUCUCCAAGAAGGCUCGUCUUGCCUGAUAGAAGAAGGAAGAUCAGCGACCCGGUUGUGUUUCCAGGGAACUUUGGCUAGCUACCGCUCACCCUCUCGUUUUUUAGCAAGCUUUUAGAAAAGCUUGUUAAGGUUAAUCCUUCACUAACCUUUUGGCUUCUCGUCCGUGGGAACGCUGCCCCUUUUCAUGGCCAAUGGUUCACCUGAGAAUUCAGUCAUCGGUGUCCUGAUUGCUACUCGAGGAUAGGAAAGGAGAUAGGUCCCCCUUGUUUGUGCUGCUGUGAUGGUUUUCAUUUCAUCACUGAGUUUUUUUUUUUUUCCCCUCCCCUUGACUUUGCUGUCUUUCAUUCAUCGUGUAAUGAGUGUAGGAUGAAUCUCUGGUUUGUCCUUCCUACCUAGUCGCAACUCAGGAGGUGAUAGAAAUAAGAAAUAAUGAUAAAUAAGGUCAUCACCCUUUUUGAGUUUGUGUGAUAUCUUUGUUUGUUAAUAAUGCAGGAAAGGUUCUUUGACGUUGCCUGCAGGAUAUUUGUUUUAA